GCUCCUCCCAGGGAGGAAGCGUCCCUUUGCCCUCCCAGGGCCCGCGCAGGAAGCUGCAAUCUGGGCUGCGGGUGGCGAGCUGUGCCGGGCUGAAGCGCCGCCUCUCUCCCGGACGAGAGCCCUGGGCGGGAGGCUGCCCGCGUUUUCUUGCGGGUACCAUUGGUAUUUUAUGGUGUGGUUGUGCCGUCCAAAGACCUAGCAGGGCUUUAUGACAAAGGGCUGAUGGAGCGCAACAGGGAUGACGUGCAAGAGAACUACUAGAAUCUCGUCUCACUAGGUUUUCCAAUUCGUAAAUGUGGCAUGGCCUCCCAAAUGGAACAAGGCAAAGAACUAUCUGACACACGUCACCAGACUCUCAAGGAAACGGAGCUCUUGAAAUACACUCACACAGGAGAUCACAGUGGAGAGGAGGAGAUUCCGCAGCAGGAAGAUUCUGCAAGCAUGGAACUGCAGCGGGUGUUUUCAGUGAGAUCCGGAGGAGACAUAUCCCAGGGUCCUGACCUGGGAAAAGCUCAUGUGAGUCAGCACAACUCAGCAAUGCCACAGAGAGAGGACCCUUCAGAGAGGAAACAAAUUGAAUCCACUCAUGGCAAACGAGACCUCCAGGAGCAAGGAGAGGACGUUGUCCCCCGACGAACACCCCGAUCAGAGAGACCAACCAUAUGUUCUGAAUGCGGGAAGGGCUUCAGUCGAAGCAUACACCUGAUCCAGCAUCAGAGAAUGCACACGGGGGAGAGACCCUUCAAAUGCACGGAAUGCGGGAAAGGCUUCAGCCAGAGCUCACACCUUAUUCAGCACCGGAGAAUCCACACGGGCCAGAAGCCCUACACAUGUCACGAGUGUGGGAAGAGCUUCAGCCAGAGCUCCAACCUUAUUAAACACCAGAGGAUCCACACAGGGCACAAGCCCUAUGUAUGCACUGAGUGUGGGAAGAUCUUCAGUGAUAGCUCCACAUGUAUAAAACACCAGAGAAUGCACACGGGAGAGAAGCCAUACAAAUGUCCCGAGUGUGGCAAAAAUUUUAGCCAGCGCUCGCACCUCAUCCAGCACCAGAGGAUCCACAACGGCGUCAAGCCCUACACGUGCAUGGAGUGUGGGAAGAGCUUUGGCCAGAGCUCCGAUCUGAUCAACCACAGCAGGACCCACACCGGGGAGAAACCCUACAAAUGCACUGAGUGUGGGAAGUGCUUCAGUGGGAAUUCCAAUCUGAUCAAACACCAGCGGAUCCACACAGGAGAGAAUCCCUACCACUGCGCUCAAUCUUACAAAUGUGCUGAGUGUGGGAAGAGCUUACUCCAGAGUCCCGACCUCAUUCUGCAUCAGAGAACCUACACAGGAGAGAGACCCUACAGAUGCAUGGAGUGUGGGAAGAGCUUCAGUGUCUGCUCCAAGCUUAUUAACUACCAGAGAAUCCAUGUGGGGGAGAGACCCUAUAGCUGUACAGAGUGUGGGAAGAGCUUUGGCCGGAGUGCAGAUCUUAUUAAACAUCAGAGGACCCACACUGGGGAGAGACCCUAUAAAUGCACUCAGUGCAGGAAGAGCUUCAACCAGGGCUCAGACCUGGUGAAACAUCAGCGGAUCCACACAGAAGAGAAGCCCUAUCAGUGUGCUGAGUGCAGGAAAUGUUUCCGGCAGAACUCGGACCUGGUCAAACACCAGAGGACUCACACGGGAGAGAAGCCCUAUAAAUGUAUCCAGAGUGGGAAAGGGUUCGUCAUCAGCUCCAUCCUCACCACCCACCAGCGAGUGCACACCGGAGAGAGACCCUACCAAUGCCCCAGCUACAGGAGAAGUAUCAGAGAGCACUCUGGACAGAUUGGCCACCGGGCAGAGAAGUCCUACCAGUGUGCUGAGUGCUGGAAAACCUUCGCUCAGACCUCGACCCUGGUUAGACACCAGAUCACCCACACGGGAGAGAGACUCUACAAAUGUCCAGACUGUGGGAAGGGCUUCAGUCGCAGCUUCAACCUCCUCCAGCACCACAGGGGAGAGACUCUACUGCUGCACCAUCUGUGGGAAGAGCUUUGGGAUGAGCUUGCACCUCAUCAAGCAUCGGAAAACCCAUACUGGAGAGAGACCCUACCAGUGUGCUGACUGUGGGCAGUGCUUCAUCCAGUGCUCCAACCUCCACAGUCACCAGAGGAGCCACAGCGGGGAGAAGCCCUACAGCUGUGCCGAGUGUGGGAAGGGAUUCAGUCGGAACGCCACCCUUCACAGCCACCAGAGCAUCCACCGGGGAGAGAAACCUUCCCAGUGCACCCAAUGCAGGGAGAGCUUCCGAUACCAGCCACAAUUCAGACAGCACCAGAGACUGCAUGCCACAUAGCAAUCGGCGGCUGGGCACAGAGCCUUGCAGGACUGGGGGUGGGGCAGUGCUGGGCAGCGGAGUAAGGGUGUGUGUGGAAAGGAGAUGAACUAGUCAGGAAUCAACGAGCUGGCAGGCACCAGAACAGGAGGGAAUUAGGCAAUGGGAGGAGCGAUCAUCUGGAGGCUGUGGGGAGGGAUGAGAUUAAAUGGAGUCACAUGGUGCAGCUGAGAUGUGUAGACCCAGAUUUCCCCAAAUUACCUUGAAUUUUGAGUGCCCAGUUCGAGACACCCAGAAGAUGAUUUUCAGAGGUACUGGACCCUAGCAACUGCAAGUCAAUGGGAGCUGCAGGAGUUCAGCACCUCUGAAACUCAGACACCGGGUGUCACAGGUUAGGCAUCCAGUAUUAGAAGAGAACGCUUUUGAAAAUGUCUGCUUUGAUAAAUGUGCUUGCAAGUCUCAGUGGUUAACCUGACAUAGAAAUGUGUUCCCUGCACUUGACCCAGGACUUAACACCAAGCUUUCAAAGGAGGACUCUGGUUUGAUCAGAAGAUCCUGCCUGCUUGAGCUUUGUCUACCCUAUAGAAAUUUGGCAUCCUUGCCACUCUUUGGAUCCCCCAGCACUCCUGUAGCACACCAUGCCUUCACAAACAAAAUUGCUCCCAACAGUUCACAAGCUCAGUUCACACAGACAUUUGGAUUGCACUUGACCUGAGCAAGGCUAAUGCCAUGGCAUCUGCCACUGUCCCACUCUCCAUCAAUACAGUGCAAGUGUAGGCAGCAAGUACCAGUGUAAUAGCCUCCACAAUGCUCACUGCCCUCUGCUCCUCUCCCACAUUGCACCAGUCAUUGAUCAGGCAGUCUGUUCAGCCUAGUUUCUGUACUCUGCUGGCUCAGGUCAAACUCCCUGAAGCCCCUUACCUGUCCAAAGAGUCCUGCACACACCCAAGAUCUCAUUGCACAUGGUUUCUCAUCCCUAUCCCUUCUUUGUGAUUGCUGUGUUAGCAAGCCAAUUUCAGAGCAGAGCUCAAGAAGACACCACCACAUGAAAGGACCCUCCAGGGAAACUAUUGGAAGCUUUAUAUUGAACACAAACUCCCACUGAAGCCUUUUCCUUAAAUGACAAGUUUACACAGCCAGUCCUUGCUUUACAGAAGCUGCAUUUAAGUAUAGUCUUUCUACACCUCCCUAGAGAAACAGCAUGACCCAAUGGUUAAAACACAGACUUGGGAGCCAGGGUCUGCCACUGAUUUGCUAUGUGGCCUUGGGAAGCUCACUUCAAUUCUGGGCCUCAGUUUCCCCAUCUGUUAAAUGGGGUUAAUAUUGACCUACCUCUCAAUGUGUUGUGCAAAUUAAUUCAUUUUUUGAAAAGCACUUUUGAGCUCCUCAGAUGGAAGGUGCUGUGGACAAACAAGGUAUUAUAAUGGACAUUCAUUUGCAUCCUGUGUGGAAGGCACUGCUGAUUAGCCCAGCAGUCCCCUCAGGGCUGGUAGGCUUUAUUAAAAAAAUAAAAGUAAAGAACUUUGCUGUAUGCCAGAAGUGAGUCUCCAAGGGCAGAGGGGACAGUAUGGGUAAAGGCAGGUCAGGGGAGAGUGGAAGUGCAAAUGACAAGGAGCGUGUGCAUCUGAGGAUACGUCAGACCCUGUUGCUCCAUUUUUGGCGAGCUACACAGGACUCUCUUUCUCUUGCUUCUGCAGCUAGGAUUGGGACCCCAAGGUGAGGCAUUUAGGGAAAUUCCUUUACAGGUGACCUGCAAAGGAAAAUAAUUGGACUUGUGCCUUCUUUUGCUUCUCUGUGAUGGAGGAAGGAGCCCCCCAAAGAAGCAUUUUUACAUUAAAAAUUCAUGUCUUGUCUAUCCUGCAAGUCUCUAUCGUGACUGAAGGGCUGAUGCAUUAAUUAUUUAUAUCCAGUCUAAAGUACCUACUACCCUAGUGAUUAGAGCACUGACCUGGGAGAUCUGUGUUCAAGUCCCUGCUCCAAAUCAGGCAGAGUCAGGAUUUGAAUACAGCUCUCCAGCAUCCCAGCUAUUCUAGACACACACACCAUCUCUCUCUGUCUCUCACUCCUGGCUGACUUCUGUGUGAGGCCCAAUGCAGUAGGUGUGCUCUGAGAAAGCCUCCUGGGUCAGCCCCAGGGGUAAGACAGGUAGGGGAAUGCUUCGUUUGAGAAUCCUGAGCUAGGGCUCCAAGCAGCUCAUGAGCUAUGGAGCAGCAUCAGGACUUAGGUGGCUUUGCGCAUGCCGCUGGCACAAACAUAGGUGCCUAAAGGAUAGGGUGGUAGCUCAGUGGCAGUUCUGAGGGUGCAACUAAUGCCUUAAUGUUGGACUUAGGUGCCUAAAGAAGUAGUUAGGCACCUAAGUAUUUUGUGAAUCUAGCCCUUACUGUGUUAAUGACCAGAACUCAGCAGAUCAGGAAGCCUCCAGUCAGACUAAAUUUAUAGAAGAAAAACUAUAGCUAUAUUUUAUUUUAUUGUUCAUGGGACUUUUUUUUUUUUUUAAUCUUUAGUGAAACCUGCAAUUUCAGAGCAGGGGAAGGAGAGUGAUGUAGAAUAUAUGAUGCACACCAAAAGAUUAGUCAGCUCUCAGGAAUGAUUACAGCUGUAACAGUAAGGCUGCUACUCUGAAACCAGUAAGUACUUGGAGUCGGUGGAUACUAAAUCCUGAUAUGAAUAUACCCAUUGUAAUGCUGGCCCAGGUUAAAGUGAGUGGAGCCAGGAAAGAAAGUGUAGUCUCUUACCAACCCUAUGGUGUGGUGUGUCACGUGUUUAUUACAACAAUAUUCUUCUCUUGAGAUUAUUAGUGAGCUGAUGCCAGUUCUCAUGAUGCAAUGCUGCUAUCUUGUGUUUCCUUGGAUGUGCGCGUUGUGCUCAGCGUCCUGGUACAGCGUUCUGGGGUGGAGUCCUGGAAAAAGCCAGUAAUUUGAAUUGAAUUUAGCUCUUCAUAAACAGCAGUGAUUUUCUUUUCAUUCGCUCCACUCUCUCAUUAACAGCUGCCCUCUCUCAUUAAGGAACACAGAGUACCCAAUAUUUUGACCACAUUUCAUUUUGUUACUCCCAUUAAUUGGGACAGUCUUAAUCUUGAAUUCAUCUUAAUUGGGAUAUUUAACAGGGAACCUAAUUAAACUGAGUUGGCAGUGACUGGUGCUUAUUUGACUGCCUGCAGGUGAAGUGAUUCUUCUAGAAUAUAAGGAUAUCAUACCCUUCUGAUGCUCAGGGAUUGGAUUGUGUUUCCCCUCCAAAGACUUCUGCUGUUUGGUUUAACAACCCAGACUGCCUUAAUAGCCAUCCCUGCCCUGGCCUUUUCAAACAUUCUGUAAAGUUAGUUCUCUUCAGGCUUCUGAUAGAAAUGAUGUGGCCUUACACUUCUCUAGCUUAGUUGCAAUUUAACUCCUUUUAAGCCACUUGUCCUUGGCAGCUCAAUGUAACUCCUAAUUCUUAAGUAAACCAACAGGUUUGACACAAACUGGACAAUCACUGCAAGUACAAAAUCGCACUCUCUCUUGAUUACGAAGCUGUACUAAAUCAGAAUGAUAGGCUGUCUGGAGCUUCUGGAUUAUAAAGAUUCUGCUGCACGAGCAUUUAUUUUACAACUGUUUACAAAGACCAGGCUAAAUCACAUAGCCUCAAAAACAGUGAAAAUAAAUAUAUUUAGAUGUAAGUAGGGCUAAAUUUUCAGUGGUUUUGAGCACCCACACCUGCCAGUGGUUUCAUCUGGAAAUGUGGGUGUUUGGCACUUCAAAAACAUCAAGCCCAGGGCCUCAAUCCUGCAAACAACAUGCAUGUUUUCAAUAGACUACUGUGGGUAGUCCCAGGAGUCGAAUCAAACACAUGCAUAAAUUUCUGGAGAAUCUGGGCAUAAGAAUUUAUUCCUAGAACAUAAUUACUCCGGCCUAAAUCUUCCUACAAGAGCAUAGACCAUUUUGUUUAUUUAGGGAGAUAGAGUUAAACAAUAAUAAAAUGACAGCCAUUGACUAUAGGUUU